AUGGAGGAGGGAGGGAUGCUGCCGCGCUCGGAGACUUUGACCGUGCGAGGUGCCCCAGGGGAAAGAAAAAAGUGCAGCCCGGGGUGUGGCGAGGCCGUGCCCGGCUCCGCUCGCCCCGCCGUGCCGGUGGCCCGACGGGCGAGGAAGCCCCGGGAAGGGCGGCCGGUCCUUGGCGGGGCUGGGCGCCGCCGGUCCCCGGGCGGGCGGGGAGAGGCGGCUGCCGCCCGCCGAGGGGGCCAGCCUGGCCGGGCUCGCCGCCUGCCCCGGCCCUCCCGCAACUCCCCCGCAGCCAUCGGCGAGCCGGGGCGCGGCCGCGGCGGGCAGGGGAGAGCCCCGGACCCCGCGGCUGCGGCGGCUGCGAGCCCUCCGACCCCCCCGGCCGUGCUCAGCCGUCCCUGCCGGCUCCCCCGCGGCCGCCGGUCCCUGCCGGCGGGGGGGAUACCGGUGCGGCGCAUCGCGGACCGCCGGCCGGGGCUCCGCCGCCCGCCCUUCCACCCGGGCGCUACCUGGGCUCCAGGCGGGCGUCCCUGGGCGUCGGCGGGGCAGGCUGCGGGGGCUUCAGACCCGCGCUCGCACGCCGAGCCCUGCCGGCAUGGGUCUUCGGAGAGCGAAUCUGAGGCCUGCCCUUGGAGGGCUUGCGGGAUGAGGUGCCCAUCAAGACCGGUUUGUCCUAGUGAAUGGGUGAGAUUUGGAGAAAAGUUCUUUACCUCAGCCCUUAAGGCAGUUGUUAGGCCUGUGAGUCACCGCAGAUUUGCGGGAUCUCCGUUUAGAGAGAGGAUGGAGUGGACGCAGGUUGAACUAACAAGCAAGAGUUAUUUUUGUUAG